GAUUAUACGCAAACUUGACCUUUGACCCUUUUCGCCAUUUUGAUUUCUAUCCAACGAGAAAAGGAAAGUGAGAAAACUUUAAAUCGGAAAACAAGCUCUGAUUUUAAGUCCGGCCAUCGUGAGGACAUCCUGGUAUCUAGAUCUAAUGUGUUUGCUAUGAAUGGGUUCAGUACAGAGGAAGAAACAAGAGGUACUGGACAUAACCAAAUCUGUUGUUUAAUAGACGGGGCUCAUCGCUGUUCAAGACCUGCUGGCAACGCAAGCUAUAGCAAACGUAUCCAAAAGACUGUUCAACAGCGCCGAUUACGUCUCAUUCGAGACGAUAGUGUAAAUCACAUUUAUAUUUGUGAUUUUCAUAAAAACAUGAUACAAAAUGCGAGAAUGAAGCGGAAGAGACGUGACAGUGACGAUGGCGAUGGAUCACUCGAUGCUGAUGAAGACAUUCCUGAAAUUGACUUUUUCCAAAUGCCUGUGAACACAUUACGACGUUAUAAGAGACACUAUAAAUUGCCUGCUAGACCAGGCAUGAAUAAAGCACAACUCUCAGAUACAGUUGCCAGACAUUUUAAAUCCAUCCCAGUUGUUGAAAAGGAGGCGUUAACCUAUUUCAUUUAUAUGGCUAAAAACUUUAAAAGCAGAUUUGAUCAAAAACAUAACAUGGAUGUAUCAAACUGAAAACCCAACAUAGUGAAUCAAACUUUUAUACUAGGAUUAAAAUGGAAAACUAUGACAAAAGUAUACAUGGACUUUAAGAAACAAGUGGAAGAGACAACUGAUGUGUUGGAUUGCAUUGUUACAAUUUUUCAAUAAUAAUGAUAAUGAUUCAUAGAAAGUGCAUUGUUACAUAGACAGGUCAUAUACUUUUAAGACAUGGAAGUUAAUGAAGAAAAUGAAAUGCUAUUGUACCUGGAUGCCAGCAGGAAAAAUAAAGUUACUAUGAUAUUAGUAUAUAAUAAUGUAAAAGAAACAAGAGAAAAUGAAGAUAGUCAUUCACAUCAAUUAUAACUUGAUCAUAGAUCAGAAUUUGAUACACAAUAAGUGACACAAAAAGACCUGUCAUGAUAGUUUUCUAGCGACUUGGUGCUGUUCUGUAAUGAAUAAUGCCAUAUUUUCUGCUAAAUACAUUUACUGUGUUUCAUGCAAACAUGUACCUAGGUAUAAUAAUGAGUGGUAUGAAUGUUAAGAAAAGAAUAAUUUAGUUGAAUAUUCAUAAACAGCUAUUAUUAGAAUAAGGAUUAGAUAUUAUAUUAAGGUCUUUAUAUUGUGUUGUAUGUUUAAAAUAUGAAAACUUUAAUAUGGAAAUUAAUUUCAUUAGUAUGGAGGUAAAAAACUGUAAAAGUUUUAUUAUGAAAUAUUUAUGAUUUUUCAAAAUACACCAAUAGGAUAUUAAUUGUUAUAAUAAUUAAUAUUAAAAGAAACUUAUGUGAAUUUAAGAAAUUAUAAUAACAUUCAAGAGUUUUUUGAUAAUGGUUGGAGAAUAGAGGCUUGGGUCCUGAAGUUUUGUUUUUAGAACAUCAAGUUACCAUUAUGGCAUAUCUUUGAAGUUUUGUUAAUUCAAAUAAGAUUUUAGGGAACUCUAGACACAAACACAAAUUGUUAAAGUUUUAAAAGAUAAAAUUGUAAAAUGGAUACAUAAGAAAAUGUGUAGUUUAUCCAUGUGUAGAACAUAUUUGUAUAUGUAAUAUGUAGUUAAGGUAAGGUAAUCAAACAACAUGUUAUUCCAGUUCCAAGGAUUUAGUCUUUACAAUCUUUGACUGUUUCAUAUUUGUGACCACAGAUGUGUAUAGCUGCACAUGAAAGAGGUCAAUAAUAAUUGUAGUAAUAGACCUUUAAGGUCUUUAAAAAUACAUUACACAGAAAAAAAAUUUGUAGUAAAAAUGGGAUGAUUAUCAAUGUGCAUUUGCUUUACAUUUAAGGUUGAUGCAUGAAUGUGUUUUAGAAUUAACUGCAAGUCAGUUUAUUCUUUGUGUGAUUAUUGUUUUAGACUUUCAUUUAUACAUUUUUAUCUAUCUAAAAAUAUUUGUAAUAAAUUCAAUAUAAGGGUCUCCACUGUGUUUUCUUUUCAACAUGGCAGCACUGGAUAUAUUUUUUUUUCGAGAUUUUUAUACGAUCUUACCAUUUGAUGUAGGUCUUUACCAAUAACUUGUGUGCAAAAUUUUGUAUCUUUCCCAUUUCCCAAAAUAUUCACUUUUAUUGUACAAAAUGACCUAUUUAAAUGAAAAAUGUUUACUUUUUACUCAAAUAAGGCUAAAAAUUGCACCUAAUACUGAUUUCGAAAUUCCAAUUUAAUCCCAAGUGUUUUUAUUAUCUUUUCAUAUUUUUCAGUUUUAAGUGCCACAGUUAGAAUUUCAAAAUAUCUCACAAAUAUCAAACUUAAGAAGAUUUAAGAUUUUAAGAAAAUUAAAAAGAUUCAAGAAAUGAUUUACAUGUUAUGUGCGAUUAACAAUCGAUUUUGCAGUAUUUAUCACACCAGUAUACUGUGUGACUAAUGUAAGGGCUAUUUUUGCAUACCCUGACCUCUUUUUACUAGGAUUGUAAGUGCUAAUUGGUACACAAAAAUACUUUUUUUAUUCACUACACAAUAUUUUACUUUUAAUAACAUUUUCAAAUGUUUUUAUGAAAAUAAACAUGAAUGUGGAGGUAAGCUGCUUUAAGACCUAGAAUUAAAUGGUAUACAGGCUAUGGACUAUGCAACUGUCUGUAGUAGGUUCAAAUCCCUAAAGGGAUACUGAAUUAUUUUCUAUGAGGAAGCCAUUAUGCUCCUUUCCAGUAGGUAAGUGGUUCUACCCAGGUGCCUGCUUGAGUGUUACUUAGUAAAUGGAGAGGAAGUUGGGCACUUCCUCAACCAGUAAGUAUUUAAAACUCUGCAUUUGAUUUCAAGUUUGCCAGUGUGACUUCAAUUAAUACACACAAAAACAAAAAAAGGAAAGAGAAUUUACUCAAAAUUUUAAUAUUUGUUUUGGAUUGAAAUAUGUAAUGAAUACAUGUAUUAAUAUUUUUAUUUGAUAUGCUCUGUAGAAUACAUACCUUAAGAUCUGCUAAAUUAUUGUUCAUGUGUAAAUCAAAUCAUGUGUAUAUAUUGUACAUAACACAAAGCAAUAAAAUGUUAAAGCCA